AACUCUGCAGCUGUGUGCAGUACCGGUGUGCACCAGCAGGAGGCAGAAGGAGGCAGGAGAUGAAACUCAUCCCUGUUCUCCUCGGAUGCUCCUCAUCCAGCAGCCUGUCCUCCUGUCUCCGUCUCAGUCCGUCUGUCCCUGCAGCAGCAUGAAGACCCAGCAGAGACUCUGGCUUCUUCUCUGGGUUUGGGUUUGGGGACCCGUCUGUGGCUGGCACGAUCUGGACAACAGCGAGUACGACUGCUGGCCUCUGGACGGGCCCAACGAGUCCAACAUGAUCGAGUGUGGAGGGCUGGAGAUGUCCUGGGUGGUCCGUCCUCCAGAGCUGGUGAAGACCGGUGAGGUGUUCAGUGUCACCUAUUCCGUAACGGCCCAUGAGUCCUUCUACCGCUGGGCUGUCCAGAACCGUAUCUUCUCCCGGAGCUCCAUAACAGAUGCUGCAUCUGCUCAGAGGUUCUGUGAACAACACGAUUGUCCGGCCAACUGGAAAGACGCCAACGGGGAAAACUGCUGCAUCCAUCACGCCAACAUCCACUCCUGUCCUCUGGGAUACAUGACGGAGAGCAUCUGUGGUCCCUGGAUUCCAGAUGAUGGGAAAAUCUUCACCCACACCAUCUCCACCUCCGGAAAGAUGACCCAGACCAACUGGACUGCCAAGGUGGUUCUGUUCCAUCCAGGCUUAAACUCUCUAAUUGCUCACAUACGGGUGGGAACCAUGCAGGCCGCGCUGGAGUCCAAGAGUACGGUUCUGCCUGCUGUAGUUUGUGGAGAUAACAUCUGUGAGGACGGGGAGUUCUGUUCCACAUGUCCAGCUGAUUGUGGUGAAUGUCCCAUGGGUCCAACUACUAAAGUGGCCAUCAGCCUGCCACUCAGCCUGCUCUGCCUGUUCUGCAUUCUGACUUUUGUGUGGCUGAAAUACCAGAAAGAGAAGCUGCUGUGGGACGAAAGCUGGGUCAUUGACUUUGCAGCAAUUAAACAAGACCAGGAGGCCCGUAUGACCAUGGGCAGUAUCAUGAGUGUACCAGCUGGACACAGCGACAGCAACACCAGCUGUCUGACUGCACUCGGCUCCUGUAUAGGUCAACCAGGAUCCCGGAAGGGCCCUUUUACCUCCACGGGGAUCUAUGACGGACGGACAGUGGCCAUCAAAAAGAUCCAGACCAAGACUUUCUCUCUUUCUAAAAGCAUCAGACAGGAAGUCAAACAAGUCAGAGAGUUUGAUCAUCCAAAUCUGUGCAAGUUUAUCGGUGGCUGCAUUGAGGUGCCUAAUAUUGCCAUAGUAACAGAGUACUGCCCAAAGGGAAGCCUCAAUGAUGUCCUCCUUAACGAAGAGAUUCCUCUCAACUGGGGCUUUAGAUUUUCCUUUGCUAUGGACAUCGCCAGAGGGAUGUCAUACCUGCAUCAUCACAAGAUCUGCCAUGGCAGACUGAAGUCUCUGAACUGUGUGUUGGACGAUCGUUGGGUCUGCAAAAUAACAGAUUAUGGGUUGAGGACAUUCCGCAGAGACGAUGGGGCGGAGCCUCUCUCCUCCUAUCAGCAGAGACUACUCGAGGUGUACAUGCCGCCUGAGUUUCAGAGCUCCAACAUGGAGCCCACACUUCCCGGAGACGUGUUCUGUUACUCCAUUAUUCUUCUGGAGAUAGCGACUCGCAACGAUCCUGUCCCAGCAGAGGAGUCAAACUUGGAGUGUGCAUGGUGUCCUCCACUACCAGAGCUGAUCUCCAGUAAAGCAGACAACACCUGCCCAUGUCCUGCUGACUACGCAGAGCUAAUUCGUCGAUGUCGCUCUCACAACCCCGCUCAUCGACCAACCUUUGAACAAGUCAAGAAGUUUGUUCACCGCAUUAACCCCAUCAAAGGCAGCCCAGUGGACAUGAUGAUGAACCUGAUGGAGAAGUACAGUAAACAUCUGGAGGUCCUCGUGGCUGAGAGGACUCAAGAUCUGAUGCUCGAGAAACAGAAAACGGACAGGCUGCUUUACAGCAUGCUUCCUAGACAGAUAGCUGAUGACCUCCGUCAAGCCAAACCAGCCCAGGCUCAGAGCUACGUCAGCGCCACCGUCUUCUUCAGUGACAUAGUGGGCUUCACUCAGUUGUCCAGCAGCAGCACUCCUUAUCAGGUUGUCGACUUCCUCAACAAACUCUACACAACGUUUGAUGACAUCAUCGACAACCAUGACGUGUACAAGGUGGAGACCAUAGGAGAUGCCUACAUGGUGGUUUCUGGAGUUCCGCGGGUGAACGGGAUCCUCCACGCCUCGGAGAUCGCCAGCAUGGCCCUGGACCUGGUGGAGGUGUGCCGCUCCUUCAGGAUCCCUCACAAACCCAACAUGCAGCUGCAGAUCCGAGCUGGGAUCCACUCCGGUCCGGUUGUAGCCGGAGUUGUGGGGACCAAGAUGCCUCGGUACUGUCUGUUUGGAGACACGGUCAACACGGCGUCCAGAAUGGAGUCCACCAGCCUGGCCCUGAAGAUCCAGUGCAGCCCCAGCACCUUCUACCUGCUGGAGGAGAUCGGCGGCUACGUCCUGGAGUGUAGAGGAACCCUGCAGGUCAAGGGGAAAGGAGACAUGGUGACGUACUGGCUGGAGGGGAAGAAGACACAGACGGUCUCCAGGGACGCCGACACCAGGACCACCAAACAGGUUACCAUGGAGACGGAGGCGGAGCCGUACUCGUCUGUGCCGGGGUUUGUGAACGAGGAAGCAGCCUGAUCCAGUACUCCUCUGAAGUUUGUUCAUGUUUAACUUUAGACGUCUUAGCAGUUACCCAGAACUGGUCUGCUGGCUGGUUUAAUGGCUACACUGGUGUUUGAGUUCCUGUGCUGCGAGGAACCUUAGAGAAAUAAAGCUUAUCUGUGAGAACGCA